AUGAGUGGAUCGCAAGGAUUCCCCGGACUUCCUGGUCCGAAGAAAUCGUUUGCCGAGAUGACCCAGGAAGAACAGGCCGAGGCAGGUGCCCAGUUUUUCAUUGACUCCAUGCAGUCAUGUCCAGGAAAGGCUGCGAUGAGUGGUGUGGCCGGUUUUGGAUUGGGUGGUUUCUUCGGUCUGUUUAUGGCCUCGAUGGCUUAUGAUGUACCGGUAGGUAUGACCGGUGUUACUCAUAUCUCGGAUCUCCCGCUUAAACAACAAAUGAAGCUACAGUUCACCGACAUGGGUAGGCGAGCAUGGUCCAGUGCGAAAAAUUUCGGUUAUAUAGGCAUGAUUUUUGCUGGAGUCGAGUGCAGUGUCGAGAGUCUGAGAGCGAAAAAUGAUAUUUGGAACGGUGUCGGCGCCGGAUGUAUUACGGGUGCCGGCCUGGCAAUAAAGAGUGGACCCCAGGCCGCACUCGUGGGAUGUGCUGGUUUCGCUGCCUUUUCUGGUGCAAUCGACAUGUAUAUGAGGUCGGACUAUGCACCUCCUCCAAAGAACGAUUAUGACGAGUAA